AUGGUUUCCGUGCUCGGGAACCCGCGGCAACUCGCCGCCCAGGUCCUCAACUUCGGCCUUAUUCUCUCGACGGCUUUCAUGAUGUGGAAAGGCCUCUCCGUUGUCACCGACUCGCCCUCUCCCAUCGUCGUCGUCCUGUCCGGGUCCAUGGAACCGGCGUUCCAGCGCGGUGACCUUUUGUUCCUCUGGAAUCGUAAUCUGAUCGCAGAGACGGAUGUCGGCGAGGUCGUGGUCUACAACGUCAGGGACAAGGAAAUCCCCAUUGUUCACCGCGUCGUGCGCAAGUUUGGCACAGGAGAGCAUGCCCGAUUAUUGACAAAGGGCGACAACAACCAGGCCGACGACACCGAGCUGUAUGCGAAGGACCAGGACUACCUGGAGAGGAAAGACAUCAUUGGCAGUGUCGUGGGCUACAUACCAUUUGUCGGAUACGUGACAAUCAUGUUAUCCGAAAAUCCGUGGAUGAAGACAGCCAUGUUGGGCAUAAUGGGUCUGAUGGUCGUAUUACAGCGAGAAUAG